GAUCUGUUUAUUUGGGGAAACACGGGGUGGUUGGACACACGGGUGAGGCGCAUGGGGUAUGGAAAUUACACUCGUUUCAGUCACAUGUCACAUGUUUGUUUCCGAGUCGCGACUGGUUUUGUUGACGGAAGCCAUUUCGCAGUUACGGCGGCCAUCACACCGCUAACCAAUAAGAUAGUGCUAAAAGGCACCAGGCGUCAAGAAAGCAGACUAGCGCUAAAACAACGAGGCAAAACUUUAUUAUUCAAUUGGUAGCUUUGUAUUUAUGGUAUUUUCUCGGUGACAGUAGCAAAAAAGGCGGUCCUUUUUUAUUUUUUAUUUGGUUGGGAUCAAUCUAGAGCCCUGUGCAAACUGCGCCAGCACCGGCUAGCAUUCAGUGUACGGAACAGAUGCUCAUUUGCAUAAGCCACUGUCCGGCAUCCUUGAUUCCAUGCGACGCCAUUUUCUGCCAUUUGUCAUGACGAAGGCGAUGUUUUGCGAAGUUUUAUUACAUUUAUAACAUUAGAUAGUAUUCUCGCCUGUUAUACUUUUUAAACAAAAAAUAUCAUGACAAUAAAGUAUAAGAGUCAACUUAUCUCAUGUUAGCUUAUUAACUUCUUAAAAAGUCUUAGGAAUUUGGCGAUAUUUUGAAGAAAAUGAAUCACAUGAGAAAAGUUCUAACUCACUAAAUUUCACAUUCUAUUCUGUCACCGCACUGAGGGACCACUUGAGAUAGCAUUGCGCCUGCGCGAACUUCAUUGUAUUGCCGCCUUUCUGUGAACAAGUUCUAUUUCGCGGUGAUAAUUCGCUGCAAAAUAUGUCGUCAAAUGAAAGGAACGAACCGUGUAAGAACAGUGAAUUGAGCAAGGAAGUCUAAGAGAAAGCGAGAGGACGGAAAUCGUCCCCGUUCCACCGAAGACCCCGAGAAGAUUGUUCACAUUGCUGAGGAGAAUGGCGCCAAAAUUGGCGAACCUACCCAAGCCUCGAUAGAUGUGCAACUAAUGUUGGACGCUAUGAGGCAAGGAUUUGAGCGUAUCAGUAAAACUCUCGUCAGCUCAUCCAGUGACACGGCUAAUGCCAUAUCAGAAGCGUUUGAUUCGCUUGAAGGAGAGCCUGAGGUCGGUUAUGAAGACGAGAGCUACCACGGAACAGAAAACCACGAGGGCGAAAACCCCCCCUCGAAGAAGCGCUGCACAGAGUCAGCGACGCAUGAUGAGUCAUCACAGGCAGAAAAAUCCCCUGAUUUUGACUCACUUCUCGAAAAGAAAACUCCAGCCUCUAAUGAGGGAGAGCGUGAUGUGCUCAAGGAGCUAAAAAAAAGACCUCCAAAAGGAGGAAAUAAGUCCUAAUAUUAACAGCGAGCUCGCGGAGAUUAUAAACUCGUUGCUGAAAGACGGGAUGCCUGAAGAAACGCUCCAGCGGAAAAUAAAUAAAUACCACCGCCCAGGAAAUUGUGAAAAACUCAGUAAAGUCAAACUAAAUCAGGCAGUCUGGGAUAAUCUGAGUCCGGGAGUACGCUCGCAGGAUGUGAAAUUGCAAAAAGUGCAAACAUCUUUGGUCAAAGGCAUGUGUGCCUUGUCACGUGCACUUAGCACUUAGUGCACUUAGUCACUGAUUCCUUCGGGGAAUGACAUAUUUAGAGAGGCCAGUGAUGCCUUUGCUCUCAUUGCUAAUGCGAAUAUGUAGCUAAAUCAGAGACGAAAAGAACUCAUGAAGCCUGACUUGAAUAAUGAGUAUAGACACUUAUGCUCAUCCUCUUCAAAUGUCACUAUUACUGACCAGCUUUUCGGAGAUGAUCUGGCCAAGGAAGUCAAAGAGUUGACUGAAGUCAAUCGUGUGGGGAAGCGGGUUACCACAACAAACCCAACAGCUUACCCCAGAUCUCGUGACAACAGAAACUUGGGCUGGAAGCUAUGGCUCCAGGGGACGGAUGUUUCGUACAAGAAAGUCUUUUUUAGACUCGCGAAACUACGGCAACCAACAGCCGUACAACACAAACCAGACACGCAAGUUCAACAAGCAAAAGAGAGGGAAAUGACUGAAACUUCUCUUGAUACUACAAAACAGUUUGAUUGCACGCUGUCUCCAGAAAAUAGCGAUGGAGAACUCAGAGGGGCUGCUGAUCGUUCCAAUGUGGCCAACUCAGCCAUGGUACUCACAGCUACUCCACAUGUUAACAGACGUUCCAAGGAUGCUUCCACGAGAGCCAGACACUCUGAGAAUGCCAGCGAGAGAGGACAUUGAACACCCACUGAUAGGAAAGAUGACAUUGAUGACUUGCAGAGUAUCAGGAGAUCCCUUGAGACACAGGGAAUUUCUCAACAAGCUACAGAGAUCAUACUACAAUCAUGGAGACGGGGAACCCAAAAACAGUAUGCAUCGUACAUCAAACGGUGGAUUAAGUAUAGUGCUGCAAGGAAAGUUGAUUGCACUGAUCCCUCUAUACCCCAAGCAUUAGAUUUUCUCGUCAAGUUAUAUAAUCAAGGUAUUGGUUAUAGCGGUAUGAACACGGCGACGUCUGCUCUUUCAUGUAUCUUAAAGCCAGUGAAUGGCAUUUCGUUUGGAUCUCACCCUACAGUCAGUCGGUUUCUGAAAGGAGUGUUUCAGUCAAGUCCAACAAUAUCGCGGUACACACAAACAUGGGAUGUCGGUACAGUUUUGGCCUACCUCAAGACAAUCCCAAGUACAGCUGAUGCUUCGCUUAAGGACUUAAGUUUGAAAACUGUAAUGCUAAUGUCCCUUGUCUCAGCUCAAAGAGGGCAAACGAUUCAUAUGCUAAAUCUCAAGGACAUGAUUAAAGAAGAAACAGGGAUAACAUUUGUUAUGUCUGUGCCUAUGAAACAAACAAAACCAUGGUCGAAAUCAGUUACUGUUCAGUUUAAACCAUACCAUGUUGACCCUACACUUUGUGUGGUAACUGCAUUAAGAGAAUAUGUGUUACGUACAGAAACACUACGAGGUGAAUGUAAACAACUGUUUAUUAGUUACUUGAAGCCGUUUAAACCAGUGUCUAGGAGCACAACCAGUCGCUGGGUCAAAGUUGUUAUGAAGACAGCUGGUAUUAAUACAGAUAAGUUUAAGCCACAGAGUACUAGAGCUGCGUCUACAUCUAGUUGAUGUAAACAAUGGAUUUGCUGAUACCAUUUUGGCAGCAGUUAAGGAUUAAUAAACCAUUCUUGAUGUUCAGGUAACCAUGUGUGCAGUUUGCUUUGAAGUCUCACGUGGUCCCUCAGUGCGGUGACAGAAUAGAAUUCAAAAAUUAAACGAGACUUACCUGUAAGUUGAAGUUUGAUUGGAAUUCUAUCUGUCACCAAGCACUGAGGGAUUACGUGCCCACCCUAUACUGUUUGUUAUUUUCUACCCAUCCCUUUGACUGAGGGAUUACGUGCCCACCCUAUACUGUUUGUUAUUUUCUACCCAUCCCUUUGAAUAGGUGCUUUGGGUUAACCUGCACACAUAGUAAGUGCGUUUAAAAAAAUGAAGUUCGCGCAGGCGCAAUGCUAUCUCACGUAAUCCCUCAGUGCUUGGUGACAGAUAGAAUUCCAAUCAAACUUCAACUUACAGGUAAGUCUCGUUUAAUUUUUGGUACAUCCAGUCAUAAGCAAAGUUAAAAGACGAGAUUAAAAGCAUAGCUAAAACUGUUAUUUUACUAAAUCUGAGUGAACUCUGAGCACAUAUUCCCACCUGGUUUUAAAAUUAUUAAACGAUUACGAGCUUGCAUGGUUUUACCGUCUCCAAACCGCAAAGCACGCAUGUAAUUAUGGCGUGGAAAUCGCUGGAAAGUUUGUAUUGGACGUUUGAUAAGAAUUCUUCAGGAAUUUGUCUGGGAGGUCUGAUUUCCGUAGCACCCUUUAUUAAGAGCAAUAAGUCCUUUAACAGGGGCGUAGCCAGGGGGGGGGGGGGGCGGGACCCCCUUCUAGCAGCCAAAGUACAGUAAAUGUAUGAGACAUCUAAAAUACAAGAGAAGUGUUUGAAUGGACCUUUUGGGCCCCCUCCUGUUAAAAAUCCUGGCUACGCCGCUGUUUAAUAGCAAAGACAUGCAACAACAGCCAAUAAUUAUAUUUACUUCUAAAAACAUUUUUGGUACACCUAGUCAUAGACUCGUUUUAUGACAAUCAUGAGAUGGGUUCAAGAUCCUAACGCGUUAAAAAAUAGGAGGAUAAAUUCAAAAGUUUUUUAUUCACUCGGUCUCGACUACAAUCUUUGUUCUAGCCGUAGAAGCGCGCGUAAAUAACAAAGAAAUGAAAUGUGACCGUGCAUUCCAGCAUGGCAACUGCGUUAAAAAUAAACUUCCUUUUUUUUUCCAAAAUGUUGUUUAUUUGGACUAAAUAAAAUUUUGUUAUUGUGCGUGAACAUUACUCUCUAGGAUGAGGCACAAUUUAGAAAACGAAAACGAAUAAAACGAUCAAAAUAAUUUUAUUCACGCCCUAGACAUUUUAUGCUAAUGAGUCGAGCAUGAUUUUUAUUGUAAAUUUCCUCUUCGCAAUAAAUCAUGGUGGUGAGACAACGAGAAAGAGGGUAAAAAAGCAGCGAAAGAUAACCUCUUAAGCCUCUUUGAAGCUAGAAACAUCACUUUUGGUACUCCGCCUGAAGAAGAAAAA